AUGUACUGGGCUGCUGGCUUCGCCUCAUCCCGGCCGUGUGUGGUUGAACUCGGGCGGAAUCACAGCCUGCCCCUGGGGCUGUGCGGCUCCGAGCAGCAGCAGUCUUUGUAUGGCUAUAUCAUCGCCUUCCCUCUACAGGACUACGGGGGCAUCAUGUCGGUUCUGGGCUCGGACUCCUGGUGGAAGAAGACUCUGUACAUCACCGGGGGGGCCCUGCUGGCUGCUGCAGCCUACCUACUGCAUGAGCUGCUCGCCAUCAGGAAGGAGCAGGAGCUGGACUCUAAAGACGCCAUCAUCCUCCAUCAGUUCUCCAGGCCAAAGAAUGGCGUGCCCAGCCUCUCACCCUUCUGCCUCAAAAUAGAGACAUACCUGCGCAUGGUGGACCUGCCCUACCAGAACUACUUCGAUGGGAAGCUGUCGCCGCAGGGUAAGAUGCCCUGGCUGGAGUACAACCACGAGCAGGCUUCAGGGUCAGAGUUCAUCGUGGACUUUCUGGAGGAGAAGCUGGGUGUCAACCUCAACAUUAACCUCACCCCGCAGGAGAAAGCUGUGUCCCGAGCUGUCACCAAAAUGGUCGAGGAGCACCUGUACUGGACGAUAGCCUACUGCCAGUGGGUGGACAACCUGGAGGAGACUCAGAAGCUUCUGGCGAUGAGCGGCCCCCUGAGUGACACACUGAAGUGGCUGCUGAGCCACCUGAAUGGCAGCAUGGUGCGCAGGGAGAUGUAUGGCCAUGGCAUCGGACGCUUCUCGAAGGAGGAAGUCUAUGCACUGAUGGAGAAGGACAUGAGGACGCUGGCCACGCUGCUGGGAGAUAAGAAGUACUUCAUGGGCUCUAAGAUGUCGACAUUAGAUGCUACAGUGUUUGGGCAUCUUGCCCAGGCCAUGUGGACUCUGCCUGGGACACGACCAGAGCAACUCAUCAAAGGAGAGUUGAUCAACCUGGCAAUGUUCUGCGAGCGGAUGCGGAGGAAGUUCUGGCCCGAGUGGUUCGUGGAGGUGGAGGAUAUUUAUUUUGACGGAGACAGUGAGAGCAGCGGCGGCGGCAGCGGUUCACCUACAGGCUUGCUGGACUUUGGCCUCUUCUCCAGGACUGACACUCUGGACGACAGCGACGGCAGCUGCCACUCAGCCGGACACACGCACACACACUCCCCUGAUUCUGACCACUCGCUCUUUGACUCAGAUGUGGGCACGGGAUCUGACAAUGACAUUCAGCUUAAGGAGGAUAUAAUGCCCGACCUGGAGGUUUGACCUGAGAAUGGAUGCGACUGAGACUGACAGGAGAUGAGAACUGUGUCGGUUAGCUUGAAAAAUCUGGCAGUCUGGACAGGUUGCCAGAUGGCAGCUCUCACAGCUGAAGAACCUAUUCCAGCUCCUCCACCUCUAAACGAUAUACCUUCCUGAUGGACAGACUGGGUAUUAAUAUGCAGAGCAUUCAAACUGAACCUCAUAACACACAUGCUACUGUAUGGUUUGCCCCCUCCUGUAACAUCAGAACUGUCCCAGUGGCAGUUUCUCUUUGCCUUAUUUGUCUUGUCCUAAGAUACAAAAGCUGGUGCGAAAGGUUAACACAAAAGAAACAUCUCAUCUCAUGAAAAGCGCGGCAACGACAGAGGAGCAGUGCAGACAAGACAGGUGGCACUUCACUUGCUGUGAAACGACGCAACUAAUCACCACUCUGCCAUGUGUCUUAACGCACAAACCCAUUCGAACAGGUGGAGAUUGAUCGUGUGGCUGAAAGUAACAGCUGCCGUGUCUCGGCUGUUAACCAUCCGUGUGCUGGAGAGGAAACACAGAUGACAUCGAGUGCCAGUCCAUGCUCUAGAUUGAUCCUUGUGUCAUUUCCUUUAUGCUACUAUAUGUGGGGAGAAUCUAUAUCAAAACAUAAUGUAUGUCUCCAUCUGAAGACCACAAGCCGAGAUGUACUCAGAGGGAAAGAGGAGCAGAUUUGUGCCUGUUUUAUUCACUGGUUAUUGUCCUUCUUUCCCCCCAUUUAGUAAUUAUUUGCUUGCACUUUGUUAUGGGGAAGUUGGAGCUUUCAAUCACUGGUUUUAAUACCUCUUUGCUUUUAGUAACAAGCUGUAAUUCACAUAUUUGACCACUAGAUGGAGGCAGCAGUCAGCCUGACGCCUCCUUUAUUCUGUAACAUCAAGGUCAUUCAACCCAGUGGACCUGCAGUCCAUUAAACACAGCAAAUAAUUUCUUCUUCAGUCCUAAACUUUAAUAUUAUGGUUCCCAUUCAUAGGUGACCUGUCACACUUGCAUACUGCGACUGAGCACAGCAACAAAUCAGCCUUAGUUCUUUCAGACUAAAGAAAUGGGUGAAAAUAGUCUGCAACACUUUUUGUUGUGAUAUAAUUUAUUAUCAGUGCCACUUUGUUAUUCUUUCUAUAUGAUCUUAUGUGUCAAAUAUAUAUUUUUUUUGUUAAUCUUUGUGUUCUUAUUGCUCUCAAAGAGAGAUGUUAUUUUGCACUAGUGGAAAUUUAUUUUCACCUUAUUUCAACGGGAGAAAUCUGCUGUGGAGGUGGAGAAGAGUACAGGCCAAAUGAAUGGGAAACAUUAAUGUGUAUAUCAGUAGUACAGGACGCUGAGUCUUCUGAUAAUGAUUGUUAUGCGAGGGUACCGUGCUGCUUAUGUUAAGUUAAUUUUCCUGGGUGUGAAUGUCAUCAGUGAAGCAGUUGAUGAAGUCUUUGUAGAGACAGUCGGAAUACCAAAUCAACAAAACUCAACAUCGCUAGUUUAAAAAUCUUGGGUGUAAAAUGGACCAAAAUGUCUCGGGAGGUGUUUGCUUUUGUCUGUCACGUUCAGCUUGGUGGAAGUGCUCGUAAUGGCAAUAUGAUUGCUGUAAAAAGAUUGUGGUGCAUAUAGAGUAGAUGUGACUUAAGUUUCAGGGUCAGUUCACCCAAAUUAGAAAAACUUUCCCACUUAAAUCUUGUGGCAUUGAGCCAUGCAGAUAGUUUUGGUUUUAUUCCUAAAGGUUUUAAGAUGUAGGCGUCAAUGUGAUUUCUGCAUCUGCCUUGAUACAACAGAGGGGUAUGGAUUUUUGUUUGUGGUGCUCAAAGUAUCCAAAACAAUUUCCGAUGUAUCAAUUCCUGUUACUUUGGAUUUCUUUGGCAGAAAUAACUUCCCAUAAAAAUUUGUAUGUCAGAUUUUCAAAAAUAUCCAGCUCAAGCAAAGAUAACUAACAUGUGAAUCAUUCACAUGAAUUUCCAAGCAGCGUUCCUAAAUGACUCAGGUUAAUGUUACUGUAAGGUUGUUUUACAGUCUUUCAGUUAAGAUUUUUCCAUCUGUGGUGUCUAAUUUAAAAUGUGUUUCCCCUCGUUCAAACAAUUUAGAAUGAAUUUAGAAUGAAAAGUGAAAAGCCCAAGUUCCCAAUGAAGUCUGUGGACAGUUUCUUUACUUAAAGCUAAUCAGUAUUUCUUCUUUAACAAAGGAUCAAAUGACAAUGUGUAACGUUAAAGGAGUUGCUUGAAAUGAUGAAUCCACAGAGAAUUAUCAUCCUAGUGCAGAUUCCCUCAGCCUUAUGAAGCAUUUUAGUGUCUUCUGACCAGUGGCACUCCUAAGGGGGGGCCAUGGCACAAUUCCUGGCUCACCAACUGGCCCCCUGGCAAUAAUAAUUGGAGGUAACAUUACUGUCUGUAAGAGGCUGUUGCAUGUGCAUCUUUUGAAACUAGACAAACUAUAGCAUACAUUGGUACCAACCAUGUCGACAUAGCUAGUCAGGAAAGGGGCUAAAUAGCACCCCAAAAUGCGGCAAAUUUUUUGGCAAUGCAACAACUGGCAUGGAAAUUUUCCAAGGAGUCCUUUAAACUCUCACGUCAAGAUAACUGAAUGAAAAUGGGUUCUGCUGGUACCCACGAGUCCACGAGGACAAUCUACUCCUUCAAAUUAAAGCUGUAUGUUUUCAGUCCAUGCACAUCAGAUAAUUAGUAAUAUUAACUGUAAAAUAAGAAACCAAAGUAUAUCAGUAUGCAACUUUCCAUAAUGACAUAGUUUUCAACUAGCCUAUAUACUUAAACAGCAUAAUGGGAUCCCAUAAAUUCAGUUAUGACUUUUGCUUUUGGUGUGUGACUCCAAAAUUUCAUUUCAUUCUGACUCUGUAUUUCUGUUUUACAGCCCCCAGUUUCACUGUGUGGGUUCACUCUCAAUGAUCUCAUCAGCAUCAUUUUUAAACAUAGCAGGCAGGUGUUUUAUUAAAUAAAAAUCCCCACUGUAUGCUAUCUGCUCUGCUCCAAAUGCCGACAGACAAAGUUAGUGACUAGUUGGUGACCAUAGUGGAGCAUUCAGCUGCGUGAGAGGCAGAGAUUUCCCUCAGGAGUCAGUGCAGAACAUUGGACCUACAUUCUACUACUAUCAGAUGGCCAGAAACACGGCUCCACAUGAAUGCUAAUGUUGCUCCGUGUCUGCUAGAUGUAAAUGUUUGACAACAAAACAAAAUCUGACGGAAAUCUGAGAGACUAAUAUGAACACCUGGACACACAAACCAAGACUAUCUGCGUGGUUAUGUAGCACUUGGAGAAGAUAUGUGAAGAUACGUUGUUUCACAGUUUGGGUGAAGUGACCCUUUAAAUGAGGAGCCUGAAUGGAUAGGAGAGUUAGUGACAGAAGGCAAGAGUUUGAUCGAGAUACUCAGACUCUGGAGACAACCUUCUUCCAUCAUGUCGCCCUGUGGUUCACAUCCUGACCCAACCUGGCUUGAAAUGUGUGUUUUUCAGUCACCUCAUCCAGCCUGGGCAUCAUAUACAGUUGGACUGCUUUAAUCAAGCCAUAUAAAAACUAAAUGUCUUGUUAUUGGAAACCAUGUCAUAGCAUUACUGCUGGGGUAAUGUAAAUAUUGUACGUGUGACAAAGUGUACCAUACUGUAUGUAGAGCUGACUGACUGAUCAAACUACCUAUGGAUGUGCAGUCAUAAACUGGAGCGACUGGAUGAUUUCAAUAAAGACUAGCUGUGACAAUUUUAAA